AUGCACGUCAAGACAUGGACAUGUUUGGUAACUGUCGCCGCAGUGACGGCUGCAGACCAAGUUGCCAACUUUUUCCUACCAGAAGCCACAUAUCCAGCCUACGGAUGUGGUGAGGAAUGCCAAAAGGCAAUCAACCUGGCCGUGCCGGCCGACAUUACCGCCGUCGGCCUCGACUUUGACAGCGGCUUUUACGCCACGGCGGACAACUUUAGCACCAGCCUGCCGCCCGGCGAGGUGCUCAAGUUUGAAACGCUCAACGCCAACGACCGUACUGUCAGCUCGGGCACGAGCCUGUUUCGUCUACAAUACACGUCUCGCGACCUCGACGGGGCCAUUGUGCCGGCCACGGCGUUUAUAGCCCUACCGCAGGGCAGCAACUAUGCGCGGCAGCAGCAACAGCAACAGCAGCAGCAACAGCAACAGCAGCAGCAGCAGCUGGAGGGCGGCAAGCAGCAGCAACAGCAGAAGCUGCCAGUCGUGGCGUGGGCGCACGGCACCAUUGGCCUCUUUGCCGGCUGCGCGCCGUCCAACGGGCCCAACAUGUACGACUACGGCACGUGGCAGCCGCUCGUGCAGCGCGGCUAUGCCGUGGUCGCGACCGACUACGCGGGGCUCGGCAGCAACUACACCAGCCACAAGUACCUCUCGCACCGCGCGCACAUCAACGACGUGUACUACUCGGUCCGUGCCGCCCGGCGCGUGCUCGGAGCUGUCCUGGCCGACGAGUGGAUGGCCGCCGGCCACUCGCAAGGCGGCGGCGCCGCGUGGAAGCUCGCCGAGAGCUCCUUUGUGAAGAACGACACAAGCUACUUGGGCACGGUGGCUAUUGCGCCGGCCACGUACGUCGUCGACAUGUUCCUUGGUAGCCUCGGCAAGCCCACUCCCGCGCUGCUUGGCUACUUUACCUACUUUCCGUUUGCCCUGCAGCGCGCGCUGCCGUCACUCAACAACAGCAGCAGCAACAGCAGCAGCAACAGCAGCAGCAGCAGCAGCAGCUUUGUGGCGCUAGACAUGCAGAAGCGGCUGCACCUAGCCGAGCGCAUGCAAGUAUGCAUCAGCGGCAUGUUUGCCAUGGUCUCCGGACUCAACUUCACGCAAAUCAUCAACGCGACCGAGCUCGCGCGGGGCCGGCCCGAGAUGCUCGCGUGGCAGAGUAAUAAUAGCGCCGCGCAGGGGGACAGGUCCCCGGCGCCGGUGCUGGUGGUCCAGGGCGAGGCCGACACGUCGGUGCUGAUGAACACGACGCGGAAGGCGUGGAAGAGGUCCUGCGAGGCGGGCAACGAGGUCCAUCUGCGCCUGUACGCGGGCCAGGAGCACUCGGCUACGACGGAGGCGGCGGCGCCGGAGUGGGUAGGAUGGAUUGAUGAGCAGUUUUACGGCCGCAGGGCGCUUGCGGCUGGUCAGAAUUGCACGGAAAAGGUGCGAGACUUGUUUGCGGGUAGCGAUACGAAAGCCCCGCCAGAGGAGUAA